CUAUGGUGCCGUGAAGUGUCGUCUCGUCUCAUCAAAAUCGUCUGUCACUUCUUGUAGUAUUGGGUGAUUUUAGAUUUUAUCGUUUUUACAUUUCAUAUUUAAGCAUAAAUUAUACAAUUUAGCGAAAUGGCAAAGAAGACUUACGACUUGUUGUUUAAAUUACUUCUUAUUGGAGACUCUGGAGUUGGAAAGACCUGUAUAUUGUUUAGAUUUUCAGACAACCACUUCACAACGACGUUUAUAUCUACGAUCGGCAUAGACUUUAAAAUAAAGACUGUGGAACUUCGGGGUAAAAAAAUUAAGCUCCAGAUAUGGGACACGGCAGGACAGGAAAGGUUCCACACCAUUACGACGUCGUACUAUCGUGGCGCUAUGGGGAUCAUGCUAGUGUACGACAUCACCAAUGAAAAAACAUUUGAUGACAUUGUGAAAUGGCUACGAAAUAUAGACGAGCAUGCCAAUGAGGAUGUGGAGAAGAUGAUACUAGGCAACAAGUGUGACAUGGAAGAGAAGCGUGUGGUGAGCAAGGAGCGUGGAGAAGCGAUAGCGCGCGAGCACGGCAUCCGGUUCAUGGAGACGUCGGCGAAGGCCAACAUCAACAUCGACCGCGCGUUCUCCGAGCUGGCCGAGGCCAUCCUGGACAAGACGUCGGGGCGCGAGGCGGACGCGGACCACGCGCGCAUCGCCGUGGAGCGCCGGCCGUCGCGCGCGCCGCCCGCCCGCGCCUGCUGCUCCUAGGCGGCCGGCGCCCGCGACCUGCUCCGUGCCGCUGCAGUUAUCCUUUGGCUGUUGAAGCUUAGUAAAGACGCUAGUUUCCGUGAUAAGUAAGCCCCCGUCGCCUACAGCUGACGAGCCAUCGGGUACACGCGAGUGCGAGCAGUGUGCCCGCUCCAGGGCCUCGUAGCGGUACCGAAACGUUCGGCAAAUCGCUGCCGUCCGCUCUCAUUUGCUUUGAUCGACGAAAGACCACCUUGAGAUUGUUUUAGCUUGUGGAGUUUCACUUCGUCUGAACAUUUUCAAGGUUUUCUUUCAAUCCAUGGGUGAACUUUGUUACACCUAAUCAUCAUUUAAGCUUUUCAAUAUUGGUUAUUGUAAUUAAAGCUUGCGACACUAAUCGAGUAAUCGCCCAUGAAAUGUCUAGUCGCAUAAUAAAAUCGGGUGCAAUAAAAAUGUAGUAGCUCGAACAGAAAAAUCUUGAACAAUCUUGUCUCAAAUAAUGAAGUGGCGCAUGUUAAGUUAUUGUUCUUCGCUUUACAAUGUUUUAUACUUGUAAUAUUAUGUCUAGGAUGUAAAUUAACAAAGUCAAACUGCAACCAUUCAGCCGCAUCUCAUAUUAUGGCUGAGUGGGUGCGAACUGAAUCAUUUCUGGAAAGCGCAACGCACAUCUCGUAGUUACGUACCGCGGCAGCGUGUACAUUGUCCGACACUGAACUCUGGACUUAGUUUUGCUGAAAUGUUACUCACCCUAAAGCAAAAUAGUGCUGCGAUUAUAGUUAAGUAAGUAAGUAGACUCUAUAGUUAUGUAUGUUGAUGAAAUAAAAAGUAUUUUAUCGUAUGGUGUACCAUGUGUUUCGUCGGUUUUUACCUGCUUUUAUAAAUAAACAUCAGCAUUGUAUAUUAUGUUCAUAUUAAACUACUAUCGGAAUA